AUUUCUCGCUCAGUCGCAUCUUCCGAUUGCAUCAGAGCAUAAACGAGACCCAGUAACCCGGUAUUGGUCUUCCGUAUACGAGUAUUCAUCGACAAGCGGCGUAUCUAUUGCUGGUCUUCGAUCGAGAGUAUUUCCGAUACGAGGAAAUGUCUGCUUCACCGUCUUCAGGCGGCGGAACAUUCGGCGCAGCUACCUCUGCUCAUCGGCUGAGCACCAGAGUCUGUGACAAUUGCAUUCGCUCCAAAGUCCGAUGUGAUCUCGGUCAGCCGUCAUGCACCCGUUGUCUCGAGCGCGGCAAGACAUGUAGCUACUCAACAACACGUCGCCGGCCUGGGCCAGCGCCGGGCUCCGGGCGCCAGCCACGGGCAAUCCGUAAUCGGAGGCAUUCUGAGGACACUACCAUACAGGGCAAUUCUAUCUCUGAAGACACUAUCUCUUUAGCUGCAGCCGUUUCAGAUCUGCCCUCUGAAAGUCCUGUGAGCCUUGUUACUUCACAUGCACCUACUCAAGUUAGCAAUCAAUCGUCACAAGGUCCAAACAUCUUACCCGAAGAGGAAGCAUAUCUGGCUGAUGAGUACUUCAAAUCCAUAAAUGAAGCCAUACCUCUAUUCUCUACAGCAGCAGUACUAAGCAGCAAGAAUAUUCUCUCAGACUGCAGCAGUGAACUUGUUGAAGCAUUGCUUCUCAUCACAGCCAAACUCCUCGGCUUCAAAUUUGCAUCGACUCAUUUUGACCUCGACGGUCGCAUAGACCAAAUCCUAAGCAACACUACUCUUCAAGAAGAUACAGCCGGUGACUUUCCAGGUCUCGACCUCUUUCGGAAGUUCUGCUUACUCGUCUUCUAUGAAUUCCACCAAUUCCCUGGCCAACAAGCCUGGGUGCGGAUAGGAAAGAUCGUCCGGCUGGCGUAUUGGAUGGGCCUUGAUCGUCUGGACAUAAUCCAAUCUGUUUCCCCAGAGUGGUCCAAUGUGAGCGAUGCGGACCUUCAAAACUGGAAGCUUGUCUGGUGGUGCGUAUAUCGUCUUGACUCGUACGCCAACCUCUCAUCCGGCACACCGUACCAAGUUGAUGAACGACUUGUCAAUACGUCUUUAAAUCACCAGGGGCAGCUUUCUCAAGAUUUUGCUGCCCCGUGCAGGUUACCUCACGAUCCGCGUGGCCUUCCCGACCUUCUCUUGCUUGUCAAGGCUGGUAGCGAAAGCAGCUUACUUUUCAACAUCCAUCUCAUCACCAUCACUGUCUUGCGGCAAUUUGGCAGAGCAAUGAGUAUGCGCUAUUUGGUUCCUUACGAGAACCUCAUGGCGAUCUUACUCGACGCAGAACGUACGCUAUCUGCAAUACGUCUAGCCUUACCACGGAACUUCUUGAACCCUGGAAGAAACGCGUUCAUGAAUGAGUCAAAUACAAAUCACCACGCGAGAUUAGCCUCAGUGCUUCAUCUGCAUAUGGCCCAACUGCUAGCUGCCCUCGCGAGCUGCUACUAUCUUCCAGAAGGGGACGAUUGGACGCUUAGCUGGCAACGUGUUCUGGAAACCUGCCAGAACAUAGCGGGGAUAGCAGAGAAAUGGGACAGCAAUUACACUCUCACCGUGGACCCAGCACUUUUGCUCAUCAGCUUGACGGCGCUUGUUUUCUUGGAUAUUCACAAGAAGUAUACUGAAAGUACUAACACAUAUCUCAUAUCCGAGAUUGAGAAUUGCGAACUUCUUCUUUUGCUCCAACUUGAGCAAUUCUCAGCUCAUUGGAAGCUUCCAAGUUUAUUAAUUUUGUCAUUCAAGAGCUUCAAGGAGUCGGUGACAGGUCCUCUCUCUUAUCCACACAUCCAACUUAUCCUGUCCCGGUUUGAGAGUCCUUUACACCCAAGAUGGUUACAGUUCCUGUCAUCUGCUCAAACGCAUCUCGAGAACGUGAUAUGGGGACAUGACACUUGAAGUCAAAUUUAGAGAUGUUUCUUCUUGUUUCCACGAAUCCUUGUCUCAUCAGAUCAGCUGUCUGAAUCGCCAUCUUCUCGUAUCAAAUUCCUUUUUGCGAUGGCGUCAGUUUUGGAUGUCAAAUGUAGAGUCAACGUUUAGUACACAUCAUAUAACGACCGCCCAGGCACUAGCUUAGAUCACAGUAGUCACGAGGAAUGGAAAUGUUAUCCAUCAAUAAAGGUAUAUAGCAUUAAACUCAUUCAGCUAGCUCAUUAGGCUAGAUCAAAAACAAUUAUCGUAGACGGGCAGAUACGCG